CCCACAUAUUCUGAUACAUAAACGUCGAGCUGUUGUGUAUUAGCAUGAAAAAUGAAACGAUGAACAAUCAAGUAGCUCCGACGACAGAGGGAGAAAAAGAUAAAGUGACAGGAACUGAGCAAUCUCCAAUGGCCGCUUCCGCCAUGGAAGGCGUCGCAGCAACUGCUCUCCGAUCUGUGCUCCAGCGGGUCAAGCAGGUUGCCGAUCGGUCGGGUCGUUGCUCCGACCAGAUCAGAGUCGUCGCCGUCAGCAAGACCAAGCCAGUCUCUGUCAUACGCCAAGUCUACGACGCCGGUCACCGCCGUUUUGGCGAGAAUUACGUCCAAGAGCUCAUCGAAAAAGCCCCUCAGCUUCCGGAGGAUAUUGAGUGGCAUUUUAUUGGAAAUCUGCAGAGCAACAAAGUCAAGCCUCUUCUAAUGGCCCUUCUUGUUGAAGUUAUAUUAAUCCAGGUUGAAGGCAGUGGGAUAAACUCUGUGAACGUUUGUAUGGAAAGAGUACAGCCUUCUGCUUUGGCUGUGGCUGGUGUACCAAACCUUGUCAUUGUGGAAACUGUAGAUGAUGAAAAGAUUGCAAAUCGUCUUGAUCGUGUGGUCUCAGACAUUGGAAGAAAACCUUUAAAAGUGUUAGUCCAAGUAAAUACAAGUGGAGAGGAAACAAAAUCUGGAGUAGAACCAACUGGAUGUGUGGAACUUGCAAAACAUGUUAGUUUGAGCUGCCCAAACCUUGAGUUUUGUGGCCUGAUGACAAUAGGAAUGCCAGAUUAUACUUCAACUCCAGAGAAUUUCAAGAAUUUAGCGAACUGUAGAACUGAGGUCUGCAAUGCACUUGGAAUACCAGAAGAGAAAUGUGAACUAUCUAUGGGCAUGUCUGGAGACUUUGAGCUAGCUGUAACACCAACAUUUGUUGAUGGAAUGGAAAUUAUGGAUAUUGAAAUGGGCAGUACCAAUGUGAGAAUUGGAUCUACUAUAUUUGGAGCAAGGGAGUAUCCCAAGAAACAAUUGAACUAG